GUGAUUGGAGAAGUGUCAAAAGAAAACUGCGCUGAACAAAAUUCAGAUAUGUCGGCUUCUUUACAAGAAAUGAGCAAUGAAGAUAUGUAUUAUUAUUAUUAUUAUUAUUAUUAUUAUUAUUAUUAUUAUUAUUAUUAUUAUUAUUAUUAUUAUUAUUAUUUCGAUGUUUCCAGUGCUGAAAAAGGUUACACAAGUCUACAGAUCUGAAGAGACUAAAUGUAUGUGUACUAUAUAGUAUUUAAAUAUCUAUCAUGCACUUUAAACAUUAAUAUAUGUGAUUUAAAGAAAAAAAGAAAACCUGAAAAAGAUCUGGGUACCCGGGUAUUUUUCACGGCAGGUACCCGGUUCCGGAUGUUCUACUGUGCCGACCUCUAAUACAUACAUACAUACAUACAUACAUACAUACAUACAUACAUACAUACAUACAUACAUACAUAAGAAAGUUUACAAACGAGAGGAGGCCAUUCAGCCCAUCUUGCUCGUUUGGUUGUUAGUAGCUUAAUGAUACAUACAUACAUACACAUACAUACAUACAUACAUACAUACAUACAAAGAUCAUAAUUACAGGGGAGUAAAAAUGUAAUUAGAACAAACAAACAUAUUUUCUUUGAUGAAAUCCGUGCUCAAUGUAUUUUACCUUUUAUUUGCUCUAUUAAAUAUUGAAGACAUCUUAUACCAAGAAAAUAACACACACAGGACACGUCAAAAAUAUAGAAUGACAUACAAAAUCAACCAAAAGAAAAAUCUAAAACAUUAGUGUAAUUUCCAUUAUAAAACAUAGUACACUGCCAAAAUAAUGCAUAUACAAUUAUCCUUUAGAAAAAUAACUAUUAAAAUAUAAUUGGUUUUGAAAUUCACUUUAUUUAAAUGGGCUUCGAUCAGAUUGCUACAUGAUGCUAAUGGUUAUACAUCGUUUUAAGAAAUAGCAGGAAAUCUAAAUAACUGGCAUUUAGAAAGACUAUCACAUAACUGUGAAGUUUGUAAUCUGUUCUUCUAAAUAUUAUUUCCAUUUAGAUAUUACAUUUCCUAAAUAUCACAUCGAUCACACCAAACGCAAAAUAAACAGCACGGUAUUUAUCCUAACAAAGGUUUAAAAGUUGUAAUAUCAUUGAUAUGUUAUAUGUCCUGUUCAAAACUCAAAUAAAAUAUUCAUGACACUGAGACCUACCAGAUUAUUGAUCAUGACAUCUGUUAAAACAAUGACGCUUGCUUUCUUUCUUUCUUUCUUUCUUUCUUUCUUUCUUUCUUUCUUUCUUUCUGUCUUUCUGUCUAUUAUGCUAGGUACAGUAGUCUAACUGGUGAAAUUCUCGCAUUUAUACUAUUAAUCUAAUUGGCUAGCUGCUGUUUCUGAGCUGACGGGAAGUUCACUGGAUCUCUCCCUGGCCUCCAGAGAGCAAUCAUUUCUAGGGAAGGUUAUUUCUAUUGGCCAAUGCGCGAUCAGCUGGUUACUUUUACCGCUGUGGCGUUUGGCUCCUAGCCAUCUAGAAACAAACCAGCUGGAGGAAUACUAAUAGUUAUAGCCAGAUGUACAAACACACAACAAAUCGCAAUAGUUCAGUUUGUGGAGCAAAUGAGUUCGUACUUUGUGAACACUGCUUUCCCCACUGCCCUGACCAGCAGUCAGGACUCUUUUCUCGGUCAAAUCCCCGUGUACACAUCUGGGUAUGAAGCUCUAAGACACUUUCCAGCGUCCUGUGGAACCUCUACGAUCCAAGACAAGACUUAUCCAUCACCUUGUUUUUAUCAGCAAUCAAAUACAGUACUUGAUACAAGAGUGCCCUGUGAUUACGGGCCAUCCUGUUUUCAUCCAGAGAGGGACCCACCUAACGCCUUUCCUGCAGGCAGUGCCGGCGAGCAGAGGACACAUAGCGAGUACAUGCCGUUCAACGCUGAGCAACAAUCCGAACCAGAGUAUGCACAAAACAAAGUCUUGAAGGGUGAACCACCCAACCGGAAGUACCCGGGUUCAGCUUAUCCAUGGAUGAUGAAUUGCAAUGGUUCAAUAUAUGGAUCACAUGGGAAACGUGGACGACAGACCUACACCAGAUACCAAACUCUAGAAUUGGAAAAAGAGUUUCAUUUUAACAGAUACUUGACCAGACGUCGACGAAUUGAAAUUGCAAACGCACUUUGUCUUACGGAAAGGCAAAUUAAAAUAUGGUUUCAAAAUCGACGCAUGAAAUGGAAAAAGGAAAACAAUUUGCUCGGGAGUACACAGUCAGACUGUGAAAAAACAACAUCAAAGGAGUAGUGU